UUAUUUGUUGCCAGCAAUCAGCGCGACGAGGCCAAGCGCAUGGAGUGAAGCCUACAAAACGGCAAAGGAUUGCGAAAUAAGAGUGAAAACUUAAGCAAAAGUAAUUGCAGUUGCAUAUUUAAAGAUUUUCAGCUGAAGAAAUUAACUUAAACCGGCGCAAAAUGCAGCAUCAUAAAGGAUUAAUCUGCCCAAUCACGCUCUGCCUGCUGCUGCUGCUGCUGGGCAACAAUUGUCGCGCUGCCAAGAUACUCGUCCUGUUUCCACAUGCCAGCGAAAGUCACUUUGCUGUGAUGCGCACCCUGGUCGCCGAGCUGGCCGGCCGGGAGCACAAUGUAACUGUUUACGGCAGCCACGGGCUGGGCGAGCGCCUGGAGCGCGUGGCAGAGACUGUCGUCGCGCCGGAAUAUGACUUCUGGAGCAACUUGCAACAGCAUGCAGCAGCUGGCGGCAGCCUGGAGGACUUGGCCCGCUUGUCGGACAGCGAGCUGCGCAGCUCCUUGGCCCAGGUCGGCGCGCAGGCUUUGGAACACUUUCUGGCGCAGCCCACGUUGCAGGCUUUGCUGCAGCUGCCCAGCGCCGAGUUUGACUUCGAUGUGAUUAUUGUCGACUAUUUUUACACGGAGGCGCUGCUGGCGUUGGGCUAUAAGCACAAUAAGCCCACCAUCGGCAUUGUUAGCACGGAUUUCGGCAAUUAUAUGAAUGCGGUGCAGGAGGCGUUGGUGCCCGUCGCCUGUUCACCCAUCGAUUUUGAGGCGUAUACGCCGGAGCUGGGUUUCUCGGCGCGCUUGGCCAUUAUACGCGAAUGUAUUUCGCGACGCAAACAAUUUCACAAGGAACACUAUGCGGCACAGGAGCAAUUAAUGCACAAACAUUUUAAAAUUGCAGCCAAUGUGCCGGAACUUCAGGCACAUCAUUUGGCUUUGUUGCUGCUGAAUACUCAUGUGCCCCUGUGGACGCCACGCCCGUUGGUGCAGCAAAUUGUGCCCGCUGGUGGACUGCACAUACGCGGACCGCGCGAAUUGCCCUGGAAUGUGAAGCGCUAUGCGGAGGAGUCUCGGGACGGCAUCAUCUACAUGCAGCUGGGCAAUGAACAGCUCUGCGGUCAGCUGCCCAAAGAGAAGCUGCGCAUACUCUUUGAGUUUAUUGGGGGGCGGAAGGAGCGUUUCAUUUGGACCUGCCACGAUGUGACGACGCUGGAGGGUCUGCCCAAAAAUGUGAUGAUACAGCACGGAGUGCCACAGAUUGACAUUUUGGCGCAUCCGCGUGUGCGCGCAUUUAUUAUGAAUGGAGAUCUGUUGAGCCUGCAGGAGGGCAUUAUGCGUCAUGUGCCCAUGCUGGGUUUGCCCAGCUUCCAGAAUGAACGCAAGAACAUGCAGUUGGCUGUUGGCCUGGGCGUCGGCCUGCAGCUGGAUCAGAGCAACUUCACCAAAGCCGCUCUCGACUGGGCACUGGACGAGCUCACGACGCAACAGCACUAUCAGCAUGCCAUUCGCGAGGUGUCCAGCGAGUUCCGGGAUAGACCGUUGGGCGCCUUGGCCAACGCCAUGUUCUGGGUGAACUAUGUGGUGCGGCAUAAGGGCGGCGCUGCGAUCAGAACACGCGGCAUAGAUAUUGCGUCGAAUCAUUUGCAUUUAUUUGAUUUGUUUGUUUUUUACUUUGGUUUGGCGAUUGUUAUAUGCGCCGUUUUGGUAGCCGUCUACUUCGGAGUAGUGUAUGCCCUGCAAAGAAAACGUAACGAUGCAAAAUUAUCAAAGUUAAGUUAGAUUUUAGUUGAAAAUUAAUAAAUCCCAAUGAGAACUAA